UUGAAUCAUCUCCGAGGCGUUAUCAUGGCUUCUCAAGGCAUCCAGAUCAUGGGCGUGCUGCUGGCCUUCAUCGGCUGGCUGGGAACCAUCAUCACCUGCGCUAUGCCCAUGUGGAGGGUCACCGCUUUCGUCGGGGCGAACAUCGUCACCGCCCAGGUGAUCUGGGAGGGCCUGUGGAUGACCUGCGUUGUCCAGAGCACGGGCCAGAUGCAGUGCAAGGUGUACGAUUCCAUGCUGGCUCUGCCUCAAGACCUGCAGGCCGCAAGGGCCAUGGUGGUCAUCUCUGUGAUUGUCGGGGUGUUCGGCGUCCUCAUGGCCGUGGUUGGAGGAAAGUGCACCAACUGCAUGGAGGAAGAAGUGGCCAAAGCCAAAGCCUGCAUUGUGUCCGGAGUGGUCUUCAUAAUAUCCGCCUUGCUGAUCAUGAUCCCGGUGUCGUGGUCGGCUCACGCAGUGAUCAGGGACUUUUAUAACCCCAUGGUGAUUGCGGCUCAGAGGAGGGAGCUCGGGGCUGCUCUUUAUAUCGGCUGGGGCUCCGCUGGGCUGCUGUUGCUGGGAGGAGGCCUGCUCUGCAACAACUGCCCCCCAAAGGAGAAAAGACACCCCUACAUACCGGCCAAGUUCGUCCCGGCAAGAACCGCAUCUUCAAACAUGAACUAUGUGUGAGUGUUUGGGCUGGUAGCAUAAAAUGUCUGGAGAUUUUCAUCAAAAUUUGUUAACGUUCUCAUCAAAAAGUUGCACAGAAGGAUUUGUUUCUUAAAAUUGUUAUUGACAAAAGCAAGACAUCUGUGUAUUUAGAAAACAAGGAAAACAAAUCUCAGAAUUUGAAUACUUUCUAAACUCAAUAAACAUUAAAGGAGUAUUAAAGUGACAAAAGAAUGCAGUAAGGUACCUUAAGUGGUCUGUUUGCUUGUUUUUUUCCAGAUGAAAUGUGACCCUAUUGAAGGUUGACAUCUGCUGUUGAUAAUCAGUUUUCACAUGGAAACGUUUAUCUCAGAUCUUCUUUUUCACAAAUAAAUAUUCCCCCUUGUGUGAAUCGAAGAGCUGAAAACCUGUAACAUUUCUCUGAAACAAUAUUUUUUAUUCAGAACCUAAUACCUACUGUUGUUUUACAUUGUUUUAUUGUUAAAAGUUGUUUUAUUAGACUGAGACUGAAGUGACGCAAUCCAUCUGAAUGCAGACAUCACUUAUUGUAUAGACAGCUGCUCAGAGAAGGCGUGAAAGCCAAACAAUUUGCAUGAAUGGAGAUUUUUCCAAAACUCAUUUUGAUAUUGGACUUUGCGCCUCAUGCAGAAACAUUCUCUUAAAUUUCUCUUAUAUUUUCCUCUUCAUUUUCUGUUAAGAGAAAAAAUAAGAGAAGUCAACUCCAGAUGCAGAUCUGCUCUUACCCACGUGUGCUGGAUGAUGAAUCCCACUUGAUCAUAGAGGCGUGUUUAUUAUUAGCAUAUGUAACGCCCCCUAAACACUACGUAAGGGCAGGUGUUGUGCUGUGCGCACAUGCACUAGAAUUGAAAAGAUGCCACUAAGAAAUUGUUGUAAGAAGAACUUAGAUUUUAUUGAUGUAAAUUUGGGAAAUAAUAGAAUAGUUGUAAUAAUACUACUAGUAGUAGUAGCGAAAGACGUACUGUUAAAUAAACGUAAAAAAAGUAAACUUGAUUUUCCAGAGUGUUAGUACUGGCGUUACUAUUAUAGUCUUAAUUGGGAUCAAUGGACCAAUAGUAUUUCUUUAAUAAUCCAAUAAUUAUAAUUACUCUAAAACUAUAAUAAUAUAAUAAUCUAAAUUUUAUGUUAUGAUAUUCAUGUGUUUUUUGAUGUUUCUCAAAUUUAAAACAUGUGUUUCCUUGCAUUUAAACAACUUGUGGACUGGAAAAACAAGAUGCUUUUUUUCUUAUCUUGCUAAAAGUGCUCUCGACCACUCGUAAAAUGUUCUAUUCCGUUCAAUUCAGUUUAUUUGUAUAGCGUCAAAUGACAAGUUAUUUCAAGAUGCUUUUCAUAUAGAGCAGGUCUAGACCAUACUCCUAUAAUUUAGAGACCCAAAAAGAGAUCCCCCAUGA